AUGAUAAGGAGUGUAAUAAAAUGCAUUUUUUAAAGUACUAUGGUAAUGUUAAAUAAUAGUAAGAUAACCCAAAGUUUUAUAUAUGAUCAAUCCUGACCCAAUAUUUUAUGCAGAAAUGGAUGAUCUUAUAAUUAACUAAUUAACUUAGCAAAAUGCUUAAGUUUAAAGAGUAAAUCUAUAGGACAUAAGUUUCACAGUCGGAAAUGUAAAAUCAUGUUAUUUUCAAAGGAAUUUAAAUUUUAUAUAAAUAACGAGCUAAUAGAUUUUGAUGCAUUCUUAGCGUAUGGAUACAUGAAUCCUAAGCAUUUUCUUGAUUAUUUGUAUAUUAACUAGGCAGUUCAUGCAUCAGGUAGAAUAACUUUGCAUAAACCUGAGACAGAACACAUACUCUACAAUAAAUUACUUUAAUAUAUCAACUUUUCAAAGUACAACAUACCUUUUCCAAAAAUUGGAGCGGCAUUUUCAAUAAAUUCAUUUAAAUCAGUUAUAUAAUAAUUUGAUGAAGAAGCAAUCAUGAAAGAUGUUCAUGGAUAUUCAGGAAUAGGAGUGCACCUAACUCAUUGUAGAAACAAUAGUGUAGAAAUGUAUUCACGUGCUUUGUGGAAAUAAGAACAACAAAUAUCUUAAGUGUAUGUUGACGAUUGUCCUGGAAAAUCGGUGAGAGUCCUCGUAAUAGGAGGGAAAGCAGCAUCAGUUGCUGAAUUUAAGUUUAGUAAAGUAAAAUAUGAUUUGGAUUUUAAAAUAGAAUUUUAGGUCAGUUGGUUUAAGUGAAGAGGCUUCAGUAGAGUCACUAAUGAAUUCAGAGAGGAAGGAUAUAUAUUUUGAUCUGGCUGAAAAAGCAUGUCUAGCUAUUGAUGACAAUUUAACAGUUGGUGGAGUGGAUAUAUUGGAUUCUAAGAGAUUUGGGUUAUAGGUUUUGGAAGUAAACAGUUGCCCUGAGAUUUGUGAUUCUAUAGAUGCUACUAAUCUACCUUUACUCGAGUAUUUUGGAUAGGCUUUCCUUAAAAAAAUAAAAAUUUGAUUUUGUUUUGGGCAUUUUAUAAUUAAC